AUGCAAAGUGAUGAAUUUGGAAACAGACCUCAUCUGAGCCCAAGCCUUACUUUUCCAAUACAAAGACCUCAUGAACUUGAAUCAUUUGGAAAUAAUAUGGUAGAUAAUUUAGACUUAUUAAGUACCAGCUCUGCAGAAACAAAACAUAAUAGAUGUGAGAUUUUAGUCUUUCCUCCUAAGGAUGAAAAAACAAAUUUUGUGCUGAAACCAUAUUUAUAUAAAGAAUGCGAGAAAGGCUUUAAGUGUAAGAAAGGUCUUAGCCUUCAUCAGAGAAUUAAAAAUGGAGAGAAGCCCUUUGAAUGUACUGCAUGUCAGAAAACCUUCAGCAAGAAGUCUCACCUCACUGUACAUUGGAGAACUCAUACGGGAGAAAAACCCUUUGGGUGUACUGAAUGUGGAAAAGCCUUUAUCCAAAAAUCUCGACUCAUUAUACACCUCAGAACUCACACAGGAGAGAGACCUUUUGAAUGUCCUGAAUGUGGCAAAGCCUUUCGAGAGAAGUCAACUGUCAUUAUUCAUUACAGGACUCAUACUGGAGAAAAGCCUUUUGAAUGUAGUGAAUGUGGAAAAGCCUUCACUCAAAAAUCAAACCUCAUUGCCCAUCAGAAGACGCACACAGGGGAGAAAAUGUAUGAGUGCACUAAAUGUGGGGAAUCUUUCAUGCAGAAACUUGAUCUAAUUAUACACCAUAGUACUCACAUGGGUAAGAAGCCCCAUGAAUGUAGUGACUGCAAGAAAACUUUCAGUGACAAGUCAACCCUCAUUAUACAUCAGAGAACUCACACUGGAGAGAAGCCUCACAAAUGUAUUGAGUGUGGGAAAUCGUUCAAUGAGAAAUCAACUCUCGUUGUGCACCAGAAGACUCAUACUGGAGAGAAACUCUAUGAAUGUGAUGUGUGUGGAAAAACCUUUACUCAGAAUCAAAGAACUCAUUCAGGGGAAAAACCUUUUGAAUGUAAUGAAUGUGAGAAAGCCUUCGCUCAGAAAUCCUAUCUUAUGCUGCAUCAAAGAGGACACACAGGUGAGAAGCCGUAUGAGUGUAGUGAAUAUGAAAAGGCCUUUACCCAGAAGUUCUAUCUCAUCAUACAUCAGAGAACACAUACUGAUGAAAAACCCUAUAAAUGUAAUGAGUGUGACAAAGCCUUUCGGGAAAAGUCAAAGCUCAUUAUCCAUCAGAGAAUUUACACUAGAGAGAAACCCUAUGAAUGUCCUAUGUGCUGGAAAGCUUUCUGUCAGAAGUCACAGCUCAUAAUUCAUUGGAGAACACACACAAGAGAGAAGCCCUAUGCAUGCCCAGAGUAUAGCAAAGCCUUCAGGGAAAAAUCUACAUUCACUGUACAUCGAAGAACUCACACUGGAGAGAAGCCAUACAAAUGUACAAUAUGUGGGAAAGCUUUUACCCAAAAAUCCAACCUAAUAGUACAUCAGAAGACCCAUACAAGAACGAAGGCCCACUUGAGGGUUCACAACCGCAAGGCAUUAGGGAGGAAAAGAAAUGUGUUAGUUAUGUCAGUUUAA